CAUCCUCUAUACUUUUUCCUUUUGUGUUUUUGUCCAUGAACUUCGUCGCUAAGCGUCUCGGUCCAGUUAAUCUGUCCGUUAACUCUACUCCAAGUCCUGCUUUCUUCUAUUCACACAUUACAAAAUUUGAAAUUCUUUGUUAUGGGUUUCAGCUUUUGACUCCUGGGCACAGCCCCCUUAAAGUCAAGGGAAGGAAGCCUUCAAUGGAGGCCACUCAAAAUGAGAAAAAUACACUCGAGAAACUCCCAAAUUCAGAAGCAACUACUUCAGAAGUACCCCAGCAGCCUUUGUCCAAGAACGCCCAAAAGAAGCUGAUAAAGCAGCAGAAGUAUGAGGCAAAGAAAGCAGAGAAGAAAGCACAGGCAAAGGAGCAAAAGAAGAAGGAUGGAGAGAGGAAGCGAAAGGAGUGGGAAGAGACGCUGGCGAGCCUCCCUGAGGAGGAGCGCUCAAAGCUUAUUGAGUCCCGUAAAAGCAUGAGAAAAGAGAGAAUGGAUAAGAGGUCAGAAGAGAGGGAGAGAAAAAUCGAGAGACUCACCAACGCCAAACUAUGUGGCCAGAACAUCAUCAUAGACAUGGAGUUCUCUCACCUCAUGACUCCCUCCGAGAUCAACAGCUUAGUUCAGCAGAUUAUGUAUUGCUAUGCAGUUAAUGGAAGAUGUACCAACCCCGGCCAUCUUUGGUUGACUGGAUGCGCUGGAGAGGUGGGUAGUCAAUUGCAAAGGCUCCCUGGAUUUGAUAAGUGGAUAAUCGAGAAGGAUAAUCGAUCAUAUAUUGAAGCUUUGCAAGACCAAAAGGAACAUCUGGUGUAUCUGACAGCUGAUUCAGAAACUGUGCUUGAUGAACUUGAUCCAAAGAAAAUGUAUAUCGUUGGUGGAUUAGUGGAUCGAAAUCGGUGGAAAGGGAUAACAAUGAAGAAAGCACAAGAGCAGGGCAUCCAAACUGCAAAGCUCCCAAUUGGGAAUUACUUGAAGAUGGCUAGUUCCCAGGUCCUUACAGUGAAUCAAGUGAUCGAGAUACUCCUCAAGUUCUUGGAAACCAAGGAUUGGAAGGAUUCUUUCUUCCAAGUAAUUCCUCAGAGGAAAAGAUGCGAAGCUGACAAAGAAGAGGAACAACAUCAUCAAGUAGACUUAGAAGACGAUGAUCAAUUUGAUGCCAAAAGGCAGUGUAUUGAAGAAGUUCCCUAGCAUUGUUUUGUUUGUUAAAGGGUCCAUCAAUUCAAGGAUUUUUGUCUUGAUUUUAGAUUUUAGGUAACAAUCCUUUCAUGAUGUGAGUGCUCAAAUUUAUCUUUCUUGAGCAAGAAAAUUAAUUCCAUAUAGAUUUUUUUUU